AUGAAAGCAAGAAAAGCGACGAGGACUGAAUGGAGUUCAUGGAAUCUUCCAUCACAAAAUUCUGAUGGGAAACGAGAGGUUCCGAGAAGUUCCGAAAUCCCCUAUAAAAGCGGACACCGAGGCUGGAACCCAACAGUCAAGUCCAGCAUCCCUCAGCAUCUCUCAGCAUCCAUCGGCAUCCUUCUCUCUUCAACUGCCAUAGACCAUGGGCAGUACAGUUUCCCUAGUGUCUCUGUUUCUGUUCGCCCUAGUCUUCGUCUCUCAGGUGGCUCUUCCGGCCCGAUGCGAAGUCCACGUACUCCUCGUUCCAGCAUCACAGUUGACAUUGCAGGCGGCAGGGGUGCAGACCGGGAGGAAACGUGGAGUUUCACUCACACGGACGAAGACGAAAUCGAGCGGAGGAAGCGAGAGACCGACGUGGACUCGGAACCGGAGGAAAUGCAGCAGAUGAGACGCAACAACAACCAAAACAACAAGGGCAGCAGCGAGGAAGGCGAGGGAGUUCAUGGUGGCAAUGGGGGAGGACACAAGAACCGCCAGGGCAGUAAGAGGAGAAAUCAUCAGGGGAGUCAGAAACACCACGGAAACGGCAACGGACGAAGGAAACAGCACGGCAACGACUGGGAUCUCGGAGGGACGGACAUGGAGGAAAAUUCGCGGCAGAAACGAGAGACCGACGUGGAAUCGGACCAAGACUGGAUGCAGCAGAUGAGACGCGACCAGGGUAAGAGCAAGAUCAGUGAAUCCAACGAGGGCAACCUCGAGGGAGGACAAAAACACAACCACGGCAGAAACCAAAACGGCCACAACCAUAAUAAUCAUAACAACCACAACCAAAAGGGCAGCAGCGGCGAGGAAGGUCAUGGCGGUAGGGGGGGAAGACGCAAGCACCGACAGAACGGCAAGGGAAGAAAUCACGAGGGGAGUCAGGAACACCACGGACACGACAACGGACGAAGGAAGGAGCACGGCAACGACGGGGAUCUCGAAGGGACGGACACGGAGGAAACUUGGCGGAGAAAGCGAGAGAUCGACCUGGAAUCGGACCCAGACUGGAUGCAGCAGAUGAGACACGACAAGAGUAAGAGGAAGAGCAGUGAAUCCAACGAGGGCAACCACGAGGGAGGAGACAAGCACAACCACGGCGGCAACCACGACCACGGCAGCAACCACAACCACGGUGGUAAACACAAAGGAAAGAAGCACAAGCACCACAACCACGACGACAAUUGCAACGGCAGGAGCUGCGGCUGUCCCACGUGCGGCGGGAGCAUGAACUGGGGCGGGAGCUCCAACACCACCAUCAUCAUCAAGAAGAAACCCAUCGACGUCCAACCCGUCGAUGAAUUCCAACCAGAGUGA